AUGAAUAAAACAGACUAAAAUUAGGCCUCUGAAAUAUAGAAAAAGGUUUAUCCCAUGAGAAAUUCUGUAUAUGAAAUAUUGUGUAACAAAGAAAAUAGAGAUGACUUCAAGUUAAUUUAAUAUGGAAACAUAGAAGUAUGAUAUUUGAUAUAUCAAUCAAGAAUGAUGACUAAACCUAACUAGUAGGAACAAAAGAAUAACUAAACCAAUGGAUGAUCUAAUUCAAACAAUAAAAAUAAGGAGAUAGAAUUAAAGCCGAGAAUGAGAGUCGUUUAGAUAGGUUGAAUAAUUUCUAUAUAUAGAAUGUACUCAGCUAUGAUUUUACUUCGAAGAUUAACAAGACUGAUACUCUAAUUUAUCUUCGUUGGAAUUGUUGUUGGAUUUUUUUCUUGGGGAUAUUAUGUAACAGUUGA